AAAAAUCAGGGUUCGUUCUUAAACCGGACCAGUGAGAUCGCCUCAUCGCCACCCCUUUGGUGCCUUGCUGCAUCGGUGACUAUGAGGUGUUGCUGUUGGCCGCGGAACAGUGACGACUCGUCGGAUGACAGUUCGAGCGAGGAAAACCAAGAGCUGCAAGUGGACUACGACUCUCUAUACUUUCCACCGCAGGAAAUGCAAGGACGCCUUAUUGUCCCAACCGCAGCUCCAGCUGGACGCAGCCCAAACCUGGCACCCUCGCCGCUGCCAGAGGUGGUGAACUCGUUGAAGUCAUUGACUGCCACACCGAAAGUUAUGACACCCUUGACCAACACUUCACGGCCCUCGCAAGGGGCCGCCUAAAAUCAUCGCACGGAUGCGUUUUCACCGGGGAAAA